UUGAGGGGGGGGGGUGUUAAAUGGGUGUGUUAGAGAAGGGGAUAACAGUAACAGUGUGCCGGAUUGCGACACGGAGCAAUCAGACCGACCCGUCCCAACAGGUAGCACACUGCGCGUUCGCCUAUUGCGCGUUCUCGUCGACGCACGUCAUCCGGCUCGCUUCUCGCGCGCUGGUUAAAAAGAAGACGGAGACGGAACGGGACAAGCACGUGAGCGCGCGGAAGGCAUCGCGGGAGAGUGAGAGAGAGAGAGAGAGAGAGAGGAACACACACACACACACACAUACACACACACACACGACUAAACUUGGUGCUUCUUUUUUUUUUUUUUUACGCACUACUUUAACGGGAUUUAACUUUUACGCGCGAGGAAACCGGCUGAGAUUAUUUGUCCGGAUGAAUAUACUUAUUUUUAAUCGCGUUACAUUAUGAAAGAACACGUUUUUCACGUGUCGGGCGAGCCUAAACUGCACUUGUAGACUAAUUUAUUACCGUGAAGUUGCUGGGUGAUUCCCCCUUCCCCCCCACCCCUCUUGAUAUACACUUGAUAUUUGAUGCGAAGUUACUUUAUGCAUUUAUAAUCAUAAAUCAAUAGAGGACUGAAUAAAUUAUUUAGGGGAAAAUAAAACUUUUCUUGUAAGUCCGGAGCAGCUGAGCAACUCUCUUAGAGCCGUUAUAUAUUUAUUUCUCUGCAAUGAGGCAUCUGAAGUUCGUGCUCGUGUUGGUGAUCGCCGCCGCCGACCUGUGGGAGUGCGCGGACGCCAAGUGGGGCGACAAGGGCGAGCUGAGUCCGCGGAGGCGGAGAUGCUACGACGGAAGUCUGCCGAGACGCCUGAAGAAGAAGGAGCGCAAAGUAGCCGGCGGCGCUGGAGACGUCUGUUCCGCGCUCUACCCACGCGCCUCGUGCUGCCCGAGCCGCAGAGUCCCGCACCGGACAGACCCCACGAUCUUUUCCACCAAUAACACGGAGUGUUCCAGACUGCUGGAGGAGAUCAAGUGUGCCCGCUGCUCACCAAAUGCCCAGAUGCUCUUCCACUUAUCUGAACAAGAGUCGGCACGACACCGUGAACCAGACCUGCCACGUCUUUGCCUCGACUACUGCCAAGAGUUCUACUAUACCUGUAGGGGACAUGUACCAGAGCUGUUCCAAGCCGAUGUAGACGAGUUCUGCCAAUACUACGGGAGACGGAAUGGGGGCCUGUGCUUUCCCGAUUUCCACCGAAAGCUACUGCAUGGGCAGGACUCCAACUACUUGGGAGAUGAAAGAAUAGAAGCGAUCAACAGGUAUGUAUCAAAGAAGCAUAAGCACAACUGCUACUGUGCUCAGGAGAUCUUGAGCGGGCUACGUCAGCCCAUGGCCGUGGAGCAUUGUGGGGAUGGAUCGCAGCGCCUUUUCAUCGUGGAGAAGGAAGGCUUUGUCCGCAUCCUCACUCAUGAUAUGGAGCUUCUUAAAGAGCCAUACCUGGACAUCCACAAACUAGUGCAAACUGGGAUCAAGGGAGGAGAUGAAAGGGGCUUGCUAAGCCUGGCAUUCCACCCCAAUUAUAAGAAAAACGGCAAGCUCUACGUCUCCUACACGACGAACCAGGAGCGCUGGGCCAUCGGCCCUCAUGACCACAUUCUUCGUGUGGUCGAGUAUACAGUGUCCAGGAAAAACCCCAACCAGGUGGACACUAGGACCUAUCGAGUCUUAAUGGAGGUUGCUGAGCUCCACAGAAAACACUUGGGUGGGCAGCUGCUUUUUGGACCUGAUGGGCUUUUGCAUAUCUUUCUGGGUGAUGGGAUGAUCACUUUGGAUGAUAUGGAGGAGAUGGACGGAUUGAGUGACUUCACUGGAUCAGUUCUGAGGGUGGAUGUCGACUCGGAACAAUGCUCCACUCCCUACGUCAUUCCAGGGGACAACCCAUACUUCAACAGCACCAAUCAACCACCAGAAAUAUUCGCCCAUGGACUGCAUGAUCCUGGCAGGUGUGCAGUGGAUAAACUUCGCAUGGACACCAAUGGGAGCCUCCUGAUCUUGUGCACUGAUACGACAGGAAGAAACACAACAACAGGGAGGAUCCUGCAGAUCAGCAAAGGAAAAGAUUAUGAAAAUGAACCAUCUAUUUUUGACUUGGAGUCUAUUGGUGGUGCUCUCCCUGUUGGUGGAUUCAUCUACAGAGGCUGUCAAUCAAGAAGGCUCUAUGGAAGUUAUGUAUUUGGUGACAAAAAUGGAAACCUCAGAAUACUCCAGAGGCCUGCUGAGGACCGGCCAUGGCAGGAGAAGCCAUUCUGCAUCGGAAGUAGCAGUUCAUGUGGUUCCACAUUAGUAGGCCACAUCCUGGGGUUUGGAGAGGACGAACUAGGUGAGGUCUACAUCUUGGCGUCCAGCAAAAGCUUAGCCAUGCCAUCACACACUGGGAGGCUCUACAAGCUGGUGGACCCUAAAAGACCUCAGGUACCUAAGGAAUGCAGGCGACCGGUGGAAGCUCCGGAGAUGCUGAGCAGCUCCUGUUCUCGGGAAUGCAGAAAUGGCCACUGCACUCCCACCGGAAAAUGCUGCUGCAACAAUGGCUGGGAGGGUCCCUUCUGCUUAAGAGCUAAGUGUGAACCUGCAUGCCGAAACGGAGGAGUCUGCAUCGAACCCAACAAGUGCUUCUGUAAGGAAGGCUUCUCCGGGGCGCAGUGUGAGAAAGGAGAGCAAGGUGUACAAGAAGAUCGGGACAAAGAUGGCAUUUUGGAUCACAUCAUUGACAUGACAUCAUAUCUGCUGGACCUCACUAGUUACAUUGUCUAGAUAGGGCAGGGAGACAGAGCUCCUCUACUCCGGUCUGAAGGCGGAACUUUAAGGAGGUGUUUUUGAGGGUUUGCCUUCAGGACACCAACACCCCCAACCUCCAACUGCAUCCCAUCUUCAUUACCACAAUCAUCACCAACUGCCCAUGUGGUGGACCAUCAUUGGUCAACUAAUGCUGGUAUUUACUCCCAAAUUUGGUUGAUGCAUUCAAAUUCCUGUUGUUUGGGUAAACCACAUGGACUCAUCCUGACAUUUAGCAGGUUCCAUUUUUUUUUUUUUCUAAAUUAAAUUAUUGACAAAGAUCCCACACUGAGUUUCAGUGCAAACAAUAGCUAUUGGUUCAGAAUUAUAUUUGCAUAUUUAAUGCGCCACAUUUCUGAUACACAAGCACUGUCCCAUGUGUCGUGUUACACAUCCAUACACACAUAGUGAUACGAGUGGGUGUCCAAGAGAAGCUCUUUGACAGUGCUAAAGUGUCCAGCACUCUCAGUGCUUUAGCUAUGUCUUUGCUGUGUAUACUUCAGGACUCAGCCCUUAUUCCUGCUUCUAAGCUUUGCCAGUGAAAAGGACCCUUCAGAUGCCUCACAUCACUGGACUCACAAUCUAAGCUCAGUUUGGACAGUCUGUAUGAAAUGGCUAUAAACCAAUUGUGCAGACAAUGAAUGACAAAUCUACAAAACCAAGACCUAUAAUCAAGGUUCACUCUGGGAACUCAAAUGGACAGUCUACCUGACUGAAACUUGCCACAGGAAGUCACAAUGACCCUGGAUCCAUAACCUCACACCAAAGGCUUAGCCGAAUAACCAAUAUGAUUUAAAAAAAAAAAAAAAAAAAAAAAACUUGUAUGUGCAAACAAAACAUUGUAUCUAUUCAUUUGAUAAAUCUUAGUUUAUCCCACUCAUCAUCAAGAUAAUAAAAAAAGAACUGGUGAAAAUACAUAAUGCCAGUGUAAUUCCAGCAAUAUACAUGGAGUCACUUAGUUGGGACUUGAUGCCAGUUUAUUUAACGUUUGGUCUAGGCCAUUCAUAACUCUUGCAGAAAAGUCUUAGUAAAAAAAUCAACUCUAACCUGACGACGGCUGCAAUCGGUGUGUACUUUGUAUAACGAAAAAAGUUGCAAAUCACAAAUGUUUUUUGACAGUCACUUUGAUUCUGAUAUUUCUACCGAUUUUCUGAUAUUCUUCAUGACCAUGCACGCUGCUUUUGAUAUAAAUAAUGUAUCAUAGAUUUACAUACAUUUCAUUAGGUUUGUGUACGUUUUUGUUGUUCCUGUUUGAACUUCAGCAAAGAAACAAGCUAGCUUUGUAUAAAUCUUGUAUGUAAGACCAUUUUCACAGCAGUAUUUUUUUAGCUACUUACACUGCCACGAGUAUAAAAUAAUAUAAUAUUAACGAAUAAUAGAUUACCAUCAUUCACUGGGAUCUUUUUUUUUUUAUUCAUCAAAGAUCCAUGUGUCUUUUUUUUUUCUUCAAUCACUGAAUGGUCUUCAGUUAACAGUGUCAAAAGGGAACAAGCAUAGUGCUGUACAUUUCCGAUAGUACUGUACUAAGAUAAGUACUACUUAGCUUUGCAAAGUAAUAUAGUAUUACUAUUGUUUCAAUAGAGGAAGUUUUAUUUUUUUAAGUGUAAUAAUAUAUGACCGGGGAGAAUAUUACUAGAGAGCAGUUUUACAUUAAGCCUAUGGAUUCACGAUGUGUAUUUUUUUUCCACAAAAACCUUUCCUGAUUUCUUUUUCAUAUGUAGAAAAAAAAAAAGCUAUCGUAAAAACAUAUCUGGAUUUCAUUUUGAUUCAGUCGUGAGAUUAUUAGAAGGCGUUUAUCUCUAUAAAAAAGUCGCAUUUAACAUUGAUAAAUGAUGCAAAUCGGUGUUUUUCUUUUGAUAAUGAACUAUUGUACUGAGUAUGUGAAAAAGAGGCCUAAAGGCAAAAACAGGAGAAUGUGUAAUCAUAUACUCUAAGCAUGAGUCACCAAUAAAAUGAAUGAUACCGCCAAUGGAACAUUCCACAUUGCAAAAAGACUGUGUGAUUAUCCUGACUGAUUAGAGGUUCUCCCCAUCGCAAGCUGACAAUGUAAACAGAUUUGACACUUGCAUGUAAUACAGAAAACCUGAUUUCAUACUUAUAUAAUACAUAAAACUUGUUUUAAGGCCAUAUUUGUUCAACCCAUUGCUACUCAAAUUGCAUUAAUUCAUCACUGAUGAACCCGAACUUGAUUUUUGUACACUAUUGACCACCUCUAGUGUCACACGUCAUGGAAAGUGGCCAGUCAAUUUGACUAAUUCACGUCAAAUGUAUAUAAAGAGAUGGAACGUUGCUCUACUACAUUUACCCAGAGGAACCGAUGCCUCUUAUUUGAUUACGUAAAUCAGGAUAAGGAUCACAUGUGUUAUUUAGUAUACCAUCUCAAUAGUUGCCCUUCUUUCUGCUCUCAGUGCUGCUGAGAGUGUUACGUUCUUUUGAAAAAGUACACUAACGACAGUAUGUUGUCUUCGAUGUGAAACUGACUUCACUGCUUUUCCGUAAAUGUAAGGAAUCUAUGCUGUAAGUCUAUUCUGUAAUAUUAGCACUUAAUGUGAAACUUGCAUUGGAGCUGCUGGGAAGGUGUCAUGUGAAUAGAGUAACCCAUUUUCUUUUGUUUUGUUUUGUUUUGUUUUACUACAUUAUUUAAGUAGUUAUGCCAUAAACUUAUUUAAGUUGUCUGCAAUGUUUGUUCUGUUUCAUGUGAAGAAUUUGAUCAUGUAUUGUAAAUAAAACUAGGGCUAUCUUGG